AUGAACUCCAUAGACCGCCAGCCCGUGCCCCUGGGGGGCUCGCGAGUCCCCGAGUCCAUGGGGGGCCCCAGCUGCCCCCCUUGGCAAGAGCUGGCUGAGCAGCAGCAGCAGCAGCCCUGCGAGGGCUUCGGCCCCGCCUGCGAGCUCGUGCUGUCGCUGCGGGAGCAGAUUGGCGCCAUGAAGAAGCAGCUCUCCAACUUGGCCGUGCCCAUGAAGGCUUACAUCUACAGCACCGCGGCGCCUGACCGUUCCGCCAUCGAGAGCGCGUUGGGCGCUGUGGACGACGCGGCAGCAGCAAUCGGGUCUGCAGCAGCGGCAGCAGCAGAAGCAGCAGCAGCAGACCCCUGCCUGCCCGCAGAAGUGAAGGCCGAAGCUGCCAAAGUCCUCAAUGCUGUUCGCUGCGACGUUGCGCAGCAGUCCGCAGACAGCCGGGCCCUGUGCCUGGUCACAGCAGACAAGGCAGAUGCAGACGCAGCCAAGCGCCAGCAGCAGCAGCAGCAGCAGCAGCAGCAGCAGCGAGAGCAGCAGCAGCAGGAACAGGAACAGCGGGCCGAGCAGCAGCAGCAGGAGCAGCAGUCACAGCUGCAGGCACAGCAGCCGCAGGGCGAGCAGCAGGCGCAGCAGCAGCAGGCAGAGCAGCAGCAGCAGCAGCAGCAGCAGGAAGCGCGGAUGCCGCGGCCGCAGUUUGCAAAGGAGCUGUACGGCGAUUUCAAUUUGCUGCUGGGCCCCAUCACUCGCCGGCUGUUUGCAGCUCAAACGAAGCUCUUGGCCUUAAUUAAAAAUAUCAAAAAGAACAAAAGAUCUUUUAGUUGUGAAGAAGAAGAAACGAACAACUAA